UCUAAAGUAUGUGCAAAAUAAUCAUACCUGCAAUGGACUUUCACCCCGGAAGCUGUGCGGUGGAUUGUGUAAAAACUAUGAGAGCUGCUGAAACGAACUGACGCCGGCACGCUUCUUCGGAGAGUAAAACGCAGUUGAGAGCCAUGAGUGUUAAUGAAGAGACUCUUUUGACCUUUUUGUUAGAGCAAGGCGGCGCAGCAGAAUACACGCAACUUGUAAGUCAUUUCAGGCCCUUCCUGGAUAACAGUGAUCCAGCUAAAAAGGAACUGAACAGAGAGCUGUUUAAAAGGUGCGUGAACAAUGUGGCAACCGUCAAACAGUUCGAAAGAGAGAGAUAUAUCGUUAUUAGAAAACAAUAUGUACAUUUAUUGACACAGUCUCCUGCUCCAGUCUCGAACAAGCGUGAACCAGAACAUAUAUCCAGCACUCAAAAUGCUUUAUCCUCUUCAGAAUCUGCCAGAGAGCAGAGAGAAGGUGAUCUUUCUGAAAGGGAAGGGAGAAAGACUGUAGGUUUUGAUGGCUACCAGAUUUUGAGUGAUCGCUCAACUGAUGAUGUCAGUCAAUCAGCUACAAUGCUGAAUAGGCAGAGAAGAAAGGAAGUAGGCAGUUUCAAGGAAGAGAUCAUUCAUGCCCCCACAGAGACUUUACAAACCAAGGAGAUCAAUCUCUCAGGGGAUGUCAGGAGACCUAUAGUCCAGAAACCCUACAUGCUGCCUCUAAGGAUGCCUCCAGUGCAGAUGGACAUGAGUCCAAAGCCAAACUCGGAGGAGGAGCAUUUGAAGAAGAUUGACAUUAACCAGAACUUGUGUGAGUUUCCUGAGAAUAACGUAGAACCAGAAGCGUCAAACACACACUUAUCACAAGUCAUAAAAGAUUUCGGCAGUAGUAUCCACAGCUCCGAGCUGAGAUACUCAAGGACCAUCCCUCUUCAGAGCACGGAACACGAAUGGCUGGUGAAGAUUGCAACUGGCCAUUGGACCAGAGUACACUGUCUGCUGCUGCAGGACACGCAGCUAGCCGAGAAGAGGGAUUUCACAUCCGGCUUCACGGUGCUCCACUGGGCCGCCAAGAGCGGCAACUGUGAAAUGAUCGCUAAAAUCCUGGAGAUAUCGAGACGAGGCGGUAGGGAAAUCGACGUCAACUGCAAAACCUUCGGAGGCUACACGCCUCUGCACAUCGCUGCCAUACACCAUCACGAGGCCGUCGUGACUCUCCUGAUGAGCUUUGGCGCUAACAGGAACAUAAGGGACAAUGAUGGGAAGAAGGCGUGUCACUACCUGCAUGAAGGGGUGUCACGUGACGUCAGAGAGUUGCUCGGGGGGCCCGGAGACCCCGGACGAGGAAAGACGCAGGGACAUAGCGAGGUUGACUACCAUUUCGACCUUGCUGCGGGGUUUAACACGAUCAGCAGAUUAUUGCAGCCGUAUGUCACCGGGCAUAAAAAAAGACAUAAACGGCCAGAAUUGUACACAGCGAGCGAUGAUUAAUUUCCAGGUUAUUUUAAGUAGAAAAUUAUACAGAUGAUUUAAAAAAUCUGGAGGAUGUUUCCACAAAAUCCGCAAUGUAUUUUUCAAAGUAUGCAAUGGGCAAGAAAUUACAGUUAUGAUCAUUUUACUUUUUUUUUAUUAUUAUGUUUUGGGUUUAUGCAUAUUUUGCUCUCCGGAAAAGAAAUUUUAUUUGCAUAGUAAAAUUUAUGCGCUGUAUAAUAUUUUGAAAUAUGUAAAUUAUAUUUUGUUAUCAAUUGGAAGGUUUGAAUUAUAAAGUUUCAUUGAAUUGUACCUCGCGUAAUUUCCUGAAGUAAUGGCAUACAAAGGUGCCAAGUAGAGAUUUACUGAAGCAUUGUGUACUUGGUGAAGCACGAUUCAUUUUGCUGUGUUUAAAUAACCAACAGCUCGUGUAGACGACGCAGUACCAGUCCUCCAACAACCUUUAUAUGUUUCCCAGGGGAUCUUCCUGCAACUUCUACCUCAUGCUUUAGCAAAGAUCCCGUAAAUGAUACAUUGGACACACAUUUGAUACACUUUCAAAGCUAAAUGAGUUCAUGGUGCGUGACCAGACCAUAAUCAACUUUAUAGGAUUUUCAGUACUGGGCAUAUAGUGUACUGGAUAAGCAGUGUUGGAUAAAUGGAUGGAUGGAUGGAUGGAUGGAUGAAUGGAUUAUUUGAUGGAUGGAUAUGUGGUAUAUGGGUUAUAGUAUGAUAGAUAUUUUCUUUUUGUAUGACUUAUUUUAACAUGCAUGUGAUACAAUAAUGACCAAUGUAUUUUU